AUGGCAACAGACGCACUCCAAGCGGCUCGUAUCGCCGUUGACGAAUGCCACAAGAAGGACCCCGCAUACCUUGCCCGCACUUCAUCCAAACUCUCGACCGACAACGAAGAAUCCAAGACCAAAGUCGACGAGCUCACCUAUGCGGAUCGCAUGGAGUACUGGGCCUCGCACCUCAUCGGCCUACGCAUCGAAACCCCCGAGUACCAAGAGUUCAGUGCGCUCGUAUCACCCUCGCCCACGUCAGACGUUGAGUCCAUCACACGCACGGGCGAUCUCGUGCGCAUCGCCGCACGCUGCCAACAUCUCGAGCGCUUCCUGACCCCACGCUCGUCGUACCCGGACGGUAAGGCUGGCUACCUCAAGUGGCGUCGCGAUCUAUACAAGAUCCAAGCGGACCGUGCUAAGCAGCUGCUCACCGACGCAGGCGUCGACGCCAAGAGUGCUGAGUGGGUGCACAAGUGGGUCAGCAAGACCGAGCUCAACCCGGGCAAAGAUACGGGCGAUCUGGGAACUCAGUUGCUCGAAGAUGCCGCCGUGCUCGUCUUCCUGCAGGAAGAGCUGGAGCUGUUCGCGGGACAGCAUCAGGAGUAUACCGAGCAAAAGUUUGUCGAUAUCAUCAAAAAAACCUGGAGGAAGCUGAGCGAGUUGGGCAAACAGGAGGCCUUGAAAUUGUCCAUGCCCAAAGGCUUGGAGCCAAUCGUGAUGAAGGGUAUUGCGAGUUUGGAGGGCAAGCCAGCGGAACAACAACAAGGUGCGUCCACAACCCCGACGCCAUCCGCAACAGACGGCCCUGACCCCUCGUCGCGAAAGAAGCAAACGUCGUCGUCCGCCUCGCUUCAACCCCGAGCAUUACGUCCCAAAACAGCAGCCGAAGCCGAAGCGCUGCUCGCCACCCUCGGCUCUUGCUCCUCUCCACAACCAGACAUGUUCGGCGCACGCCUGCUCACCACGGACGCGGACAUCUGGUCGCACAACGCGUGGGAUCACGUCACGCCGCCCGCCUCGCACUACGCACACGUUGCCGAGACGCUCGCACGCCAAGCCGAGACCAAGCUGUCGCUCGAAGAGGCCGAGGUGUUCCACUCGGCACCCGCGUCGUACUGGGACGUGUUCUACUCGUCGCACGAGAACCGCUUCUUCAAAGACCGCAAGUGGCUGCACCUCGAGUUUCCGGAGCUGGUCGAAGCGACGCUGCCAGAUGCGGGGGACAAGACGGUACUCGAAGUCGGGUGCGGAGCGGGAAACACGGUGUUCCCGUUGCUCGAGAUCAACCAGAACCCCUCGCUCCAGAUUCACGCGUGUGACUAUAGCAAGGAGGCCGUCUCGGUAGUACGCAGCAACCCGCUCUAUGCAGCCCCACCCGCAGGCGCGCGCUGUUCCGCCAGCGUCUGGGAUCUCAGCUCCCCGCACACCCUCCCCGAAGGCCUCGAACCCCAGAGCGUCGACGUGAUCGUCCUCAUCUUUGUCUUCUCCGCCCUGCACCCCAGAGAGUGGACCCAGGCGGUACACAACAUCAAGCACCUCCUCAAACCCUCCGGCAUCGUCCUCUUCCGAGACUAUGGCCGCUACGACCUGCCCCAGCUCCGCUUCAAGAAACGCAGAAUGCUCGAGGACAAUUUCUACCUCCGAGGCGACGGCACCAGGGUCUAUUUUUUCGAACCCGAGCAGCUCUUCGACAUCUUCAACGCAAAGCCGCAGUCCACCACCACCACUACCACCACCACCACCGACCACGACGAGGAAGUGCAGCAGCAGGACGCAGUGCUCGAAUCCACGGCUCCAGGCAAAGUCGACCAGGGCGAUCCGGUGGAGAACGACGGGACGGGAGAAAGCAGGGCAUCGAAGAAGUACGAUUUUGCAACGACGCAGAUGGCCAUCGAUCGACGUUUGAUCGUCAACCGGAAGGAGAGGAAGCAGAUGUACAGAGUCUGGUUGCAGGCCAAGUUCCAGCUCCUUACACAGUAG